CUGGUUUGUGGUCGAAGUUAGUUCAGUUGACAGCUAAGCGACAGAAAAGCCCGGAAACGAAAACAAUCUGCAUGUAAAAUUUGAAAUCAAAAUAUGUCUGGCGCUCUCGUUGAUGACUUAAACUAAAUAUCGGUGUUGAUCUGAAAUACAGUUGCUAAUUGUUGUUUGAAUCGGUUCCUAAAGGGGUUCUCUUCACGAUCAUGGCAACAAAGAAAACCUCAUUCCAAACUGUUUGGUUGCAAGACGCUGAAUUUCAUUCAUGGCUGAAACAAGUAGAUAGCAAGUCAGGAUAUGCUUUUUGCAUCGUGUGUGCUUGCGAAUUUGCUUUAAGUAAUAUGGGUAAACAAGCACUUAGGAGCCAUAUGAAAUCUAAACGGCAUAGUCAACGAACACCAGUCGGAAACAUGUCAAUGUCCGGAUUCACACAUUCUGUGAGUCAGCAUUCUGUCGCAGAAUCUAAGCCUGGAACGUCGUUGGAAAUACAUCAUAAAAUCGUCGAUACACCGUCGCAAGAUACAGCAGUAUCCGUACAUCAACCACGCAAUACGCCUUCAUCAUCAACGUCGGGAACUAUUGACAAGUUCAUGCUAAAAAAUGACACAACUAAGGCGGCGAUAUUGUGGUGCCUGGAGACAGUUAUGUGCCAUAAAUCUUUGCGAGCUGCUGAAAAAGAUCUGACUGUUAUGAGAAGGAUGUUUUUCGACAGUCAAAUUGCUUCCAAGGUUCAGUUAGGCCGUGACAUAAUCAGCUAUACGAUUUUGUUUGGAAUUGCACCGUAUUUCAAAUCCGAUUUGGAAGAAACACUGCAGAGGGUCAGCUUUGUAGUUGUUGGAUUUGUCGAAUCCCUCAAAAAGACCACGAAGAAUCAACAAAUGGACUUGAAUAUUCGUUUUUGGGAUGAUGCCAAAAAUCAAGUCGUAACACGGUACCUUACGUCGAAAUUUCUGGGAAGAUCCCGGGCAGUAGAUCUUCUGGCGGCUUUUAAAGAAGGCCUUGGUGAAAUUCCACUAAUUAAGUUGCUACAAGUAUCCAUGGAUGGGCCCAAUGUCAAUUGGGCAUUUUUACGAGAGUUGAAGGUGGACAUUCAACAUAAUGACAAAGAGCUUCUUGAUGUAGGAAGUUGCGGAUUGCACAUACUACCCAGUAAACAUUUUGGUUGCUCAUCGCAAAUGGUCAGAAACAUCAUGGAGCGAUUUAUGAAGAUUGAUAGCUUGAAGAAUGCGGCUCAGGUGACCAAGGACGAGGUGAAUGAUAUCAAGAAUCAUCUGCCAGCAAAAGACGUUGUCUUGGGCUUUGACACCAAAAAAGCUCUCAAGAAUGCGUCUGGCAUACAAGAGAAAUAUAUUUUGCAAUUUCGUUCUGAAUGCAAAGCAAUGCUGCAAGCAAUCGUCUUGAAGCUAAUGAAUCGAUCGCCUUUAACGUAUCCGAUGACUAAGGUGGCAACAUGCCUGGACCCUGCAGUAAUCAGUGGAGAUUCUAAAUUGGCCAAAAAGCGAUUUGAGAGCAUGCUUAAUAAGUUGAUCGAUAGCGGACGCAUCAGCGGUUCCAUUGCUGAUACAGCAGUAAAGCAUUUCCGAUCUGUCGUCGAAUCAACGAAGUGGAGUCGAGCGAUCCUCACUACAAUCCGAUGGGCUUUGAGUUUGCUUUCGGAACUUGCUCUGCAUUUCAUUGCUGUAACGUACUUUCCGCAAUAG